CUCAAAUUCGGGAAAAGCAAGAUCAUGACCUGAGCCGAAGUUGGACCCUCACCUGACUGAACCACCCACGUGCCCCUUUUGGAUCCCAUUUUUACACCACAGACUGUCAAAAGUUUAGAAAUACCAGAGAAAGAAGUUUGGAUCUCCAAUUCAAUUUUAGAAUGGCAGCCAUUUCAGCUCUAACUGAAGAAUUGGAGUCUGUAACCAAUGAGCUACAUGCAGUAGACAUUCAAAUUCAGGAACUUCUGGAAAAGCAACAAGAGCUUAUUCAGAAAAAGAACAUCCUAACAAACCAAAUAAAGCAGCAUUUUGAGGAUUCUGAUGCUGGAGAAAGCAGUGAAUGGGAUUCUUCACCUGCUACUUGGAAAAAAGAAGAUUUUCCCUGGUCUGGUAAAGUUAAAGAGGUUCUGCAAAAUGUCUUUAAACUGCAGAGGUUCAGACUGCUUCAGCUUGAAACUAUUAAUGUAACAAUGUCUGGAAAGGAUGUAUUUCUUGUAAUGCCUACAGGAGGUGGGAAGAGCUUAUGCUACCAGUUACCUGCAUUGUGUUCAGAUGGUUUUACCCUUGUGAUUUGCCCAUUGAUCUCUCUUAUGGAAGACCAGUUAAUGGUUUUAAAACAAUUAGGAAUUUCAGCUACCAUGUUAAAUGCUUCUAGUUCUAAGGAGCAUGUGAAAUGGGUUCAUGCUGAAAUGGUAAAUAAAAACUCUAAGCUAAAGCUAAUUUAUGUGACUCCAGAGAAAAUUGCAAAAAGCAAAAUGUUCAUGUCAAGACUAGAGAAAGCCUAUGAAGCAAGGAGAUUUACCCGAAUUGCUGUGGAUGAAGUUCACUGCUGUAGCCACUGGGGACAUGAUUUCAGACCUGAUUAUAAGGCACUUGGUAUCUUGAAGCGGCAGUUCCCUAACACGGCCCUAAUGGGGCUGACUGCGACCGCAACGAGCCAUGUUUUGAAGGAUGCCCAGAAAAUACUGUGUGUGGAAAAGUGUUUUACUUUCACGGCUUCUUUUAAUCGGCCAAAUCUUUAUUAUGAGAUUCGGCAGAAGCCCUCCAACACUGAAGAUUUUAUCGAGGAUAUUGUAAAGCUCAUCAAUGGGAGAUACAAAGGGCAAUCAGGAAUCAUAUAUUGCUUUUCUCAGAAAGACUCUGAGCAAGUUACGGUUAGUUUACAGAAACUGGGAAUUCAGGCAGGUGCAUACCAUGCCAAUAUGGAGCCAGAAGACAAGACCAAGGUUCAUAGAAGAUGGUCAGCCAAUGAAAUUCAGGUAGUAGUGGCCACGGUUGCAUUUGGUAUGGGAAUUGAUAAACCAGAUGUGAGGUUUGUUAUCCAUCAUUCAAUGAGUAAAUCUAUUGAAAAUUACUACCAAGAGAGUGGACGUGCAGGUCGAGAUGACAUGAGAGCAGACUGUAUUCUGUAUUAUGGCUUUGGAGAUAUAUUCAGAAUAAGUUCAAUGGUGGUGAUGGAAAAUGUGGGACAACAGAAGCUUUAUGAGAUGGUGUCAUACUGUCAAAACAUAAGCAAGUGUCGCCGUGUGUUGAUAGCUCAACAUUUUGAUGAAGUAUGGAAUUCAGAAGCAUGCAACAGAAUGUGUGAUAACUGUUGUAAAGACAUUUCGUGUGAAAGAAAGAAUGUAACAGCAUACUGCAGAGAUCUCAUCAAGAUUCUGAAGCAGGCCGAGGACCUGAAUGAAAAGCUCACUCCCCUGAAACUGAUUGAUUCGUGGAUGGGAAAGGGGGCAGCAAAGCUGAGAGUGGCCGGCGUUGCUCCUCCUAAGCUUCCUCGUGAAGACCUGGAGAAAAUUAUCGCACACUUCCUUCUACAGCAGUACCUUAAAGAAGACUACAGUUUUACAGCCUAUGCUACCAUUUCAUAUUUGAAAAUAGGACCUAAAGCUAAUCUUCUAAAUAAUGAGGCACAUGUUAUUACCAUGCAAGUUGUUAAGCCCACACAGAGCUGUUUCAAGAUUGAAUCAUCUGAAACUUGUCAUUCUGAAGGAGCCGAUAAAAGGAGGGAAGAAAAAAAUUCAGGUAACUUCCAGAAAUCUGCAAACACGCUUCAGCGAUCUAAGAAUACAGGGACUAAGAAAAGAAAAAUUGAUGAUGCAGGAGAUGAAAGUCUCUGAAUUUUCCAAGAAAAUAGUUUAUGCAUGUAUACACAAUUAUUUUGUAGUUAAAAGUUUCAGACAGUUUUAUUAAUAUUUUAUAUGUAUGGAACUUACCUGAAGUAUUGAAGACUUGAAUAUUUAAGAUCAUGAAUUAUAUACAUUUACAGUAUGAAACAAAAUUCUUUUUUUGAGAAAAAUAAUUUUAAUGUAAAAUAUUUAAGAAUGAUUUCACCUAAAACUCUUUAUCUCUUCAUAUACCUAAUUAUAUUUCUCUUUUGAUAUCACUGUUAUCAUAAGGAAUAUUUUGCAUAGUCUUAUUACAAAGUGUUGUUGCUCAUAACCGCUGCAGAAUCAAAAUGUAAAAGGAUAUUAGCAAGUAAGAUACUGCUACCUCUCUAAAGUAAAAUUGUAAGCAUCUUGAAACCACAACCCUCUCUGACAUUUCACAAUCAAAGAAUGACUUUGGUAUACCAGACCAAGUUGUCAGCUAAGUAGAUAACGUAGCUAAAUCUGCUCCAAAGCAUUUACUCAGAAAUGAGUAACUUAAAUCCUUACAUUUACAUAAAUGGUCAAUUUUGUUUGGAAAAAAAAAACCCCUGUAUAUUAUGUGAUCUUUACAAUUUUACUUCUAUUUUAAUACUUUCCCACUAAACUCAUUAUCACUGCUGUAUUCUUAACUUGAUUAAACCUAUGGUCAUUUACCUUAUUAUGACUUGUAUUAUUUGAAACUUUAUGUGAUUCUUGAAAUGCCUUUUAAAAUCAAAAUUUCUGUCAGUACUUGGAUCUAGCAGACCUUCUUCACAUGAUGAAAGAUCCAUCUGAUUUAAAAUUAAGACAGCUCUCAUCAUUCUCCAACUCUGCAUGACAACUUUGAUGUGUCUUGUCCUGUGGGACAUCUCAGCAUUAAUUCAUAAUCUGAACCAAAGCCCCCAUGCGUGGUAUUUUCUCAGUAGUACAACCUAUACAUGGAGAUAAUAAAGUUAUUCUCAUGAGUACCAAAAAGGAAAAAUA